UGGGCCUGCGCGGCGUCGACGCGAGAGCCGGCGCGCCGCGGUUUGAAAGGCCCGAGGCCUGUGCGCUUGCGCACUUCAGCCCGCGCAGGGAGUUACCCCCCCCCCCCCCCGCCCCGAACGCCCCCCAAACUCGGACCUUCUUUCAUCCUUCGCGCCAGGCGAAGCCCAAGACGUUGACAUGCCGGAGAUCCGUCUCCGCCAUGUGGUGUCCUGCAGUAGCCAGGACUUGACCCACUGUGCAGAAAACCUUCUCAAGGCGGACACUUACCGAAAAUGGCGAGCAGCCAAGGCAGGCGAGAAGACCAUCUCGGUGGUGCUCCAGUUGGAGAAGGAGGAACAGAUACACAGCGUGGACAUCGGCAAUGACGGCUCGGCCUUCGUGGAGGUGCUGGUGGGGAGCUCAGCCGGAGGCACUGGGGAGCAAGACUACGAGGUCCUGCUGGUCACCUCGUCUUUCAUGUCCCCUUCUGAGAGCCGCAGUGGCUCAAACCCCAACCGUGUUCGCAUUUUCGGGCCGGACAAGUUGGUCCGGGCAGCAGCGGAGAAGCGCUGGGACCGCGUCAAAAUCGUUUGCAGCCAGCCUUACAGCAAGGACUCCCCCUAUGGCCUGAGUUUUAUACGGUUUCACAGCCCCCCAGACAAAGAGGAGGCAGAGGCCUCACCCCAGAAGGUGACCAAGCUUGGCCAGUUCCGCGUGAAGGAGGAGGAUGAGGGUGCCAACUCCCUGAGACCCGGUGCCCUCUUCUUCAGCCGGAUCAAUAAGACGCCCCCAGCCACAGCCAGUGACCCGGCAGGACCCAGCUACGCAGCUGCCACCCUGCAGGCCUCUAGUGCCGCCUCUUCGGCCUCUCCCGUCUCCAGGGCAGUAGGCGGCACCUCCAAGCCUCAGGAGUCCCCCAAAGGGAAGAGAAAGUUGGAUUUGAACCAAGAAGAAAGGAAGACACCCAGCAAACCAUCAGCCCAGCCCUCACCACCUGCUGUCAAGAGACCCAAAUUGCCAGCUCCCACCCGCACCCCGGCCACCACCCCACUCCUUGCCCCAGCACGAGGCACCGUGCCAGGAAAGUCCCGAGAAGGCACCGAGCCCAGAGGACCCCGAGCUGGCCCGCAGGAGCUGGGGAAGAUACUUCAGGGUGUGGUGGUGGUGCUGAGUGGCUUCCAGAACCCCUUCCGCUCGGAGCUCCGGGACAAGGCUCUAGAGCUGGGGGCCAAGUAUCGGCCGGACUGGACUCCAGACAGCACCCACCUUAUCUGCGCCUUUGCCAACACCCCCAAGUACAGCCAGGUCCUAGGCCUCGGAGGCCGCAUCGUGCGGAAAGAGUGGGUGCUGGACUGUCACCGGAUGCGGCGGCGACUGCCUUCCCGAAGGUACCUCAUGGCAGGGCCAAGCUCCAGCAGCGAGGACGAAGGGGGCUCUCACAGCAGCAGCAGCGGGGAUGAAGCCCCCAAGCUUCCCCAGAAGCGCCCCCAGACCAAAACCAAGCCCCCUCAGGCAGCAGGACCCAGCUCACCUCAGAGACCCAAAACCCCAGAAGAGACCAAACCAGCCUCACCAGGACCCCAGGAAGACACCGACACUGAUGGGGAGCAGUCAGAAGAACAGGGCAAUGGGGCAGAAGAUUCUGGGGAUACUGAGGAUGAGCUGAGAAGAGUAGCCGAGCAGAGGGAGCAAAAGCAGCCCCCUGACCAGGGGGAGAAUGGCGAGGACCCGUAUGCAGGAUCCACAGAUGAGAACACAGACAAUGAGGGUCCCCCAGAGUCUCCCGAACUGCCAGUUCCCGAGCUCCCAGACUUCUUCCAGGGCAAACACUUCUUUCUGUAUGGAGAGUUCCCUGGGGAUGAGCGGCGGAAGCUCAGCCGCUAUGUCACAGCCUUUAACGGGGAGCUUGAGGACUACAUGAGCGACCGGGUCCAGUUUGUGAUCACAGCACAGGAGUGGGACCCCAGUUUUGAGGAGGCCCUGAUGGACAACCCCUCCUUGGUGUUUGUCCGCCCCCGGUGGAUCUACAGUUGCAACGAGAAGCAGAAGUUGCUUCCACACCAGCUGUAUGGGGUGGUGCCCCAGGCCUGAAAUAUGUGCUUGCAUGUGUGCGCGCGCGCACACACACACACACACACACGAGCUUAAUAAAGGUGACCUGGUUU